AUGCGUGUUAUUUUCACAUUCAUGAAGAUGUAUGAGUGCAGUCUCCAUGAGGAGGAAGUUUUCCCAAUAUUGGCUGUAUGGAAGCCACUGAGAUGCAAACGUACUGUUUGUAAUAUAAAGAAUGGGACUGAACCACAACCAUUUACAGCUGUUCCUGGCCCAUCAGGACUAUCCGCCAUGCCAUACAUCGGCCUCAUGUUCGAGCUGAGACCAUUCACAAAUUAUGAUGUGCGGAAAUUGUCCGAUCUGUUUGAAAGUUACCGUGAGCGGUACGGACCUCUGGUUAAAAUCCGAGCAGGCAACAACUGGAUAGUGUGUGUUUAUGACCCAGUCGAUAUCGCCGCCGUGUUCAGGACUGAGUCCAGGCUUCCAUAUCGGGGAGUCAGUCUGAUGGCAAACACGUAUGACCGCCGGAAGGGCGCAAGAGCCGGCCUUGUCACGUUGAAGGGCGAAGAGUGGUACGCCUUGCGAAGUCCAACACAAAAGGCGAUGAUGAGACCAAAGGCUAUGACCAAAUAUGCCAACCGCAUUGGCCAAAUUGCUGACGACUUUGUGGCAAAGUUUCAACACAGAGACGUGCUAGACAACCUGCCUGAUCAGCUGAUGGAAUACACCGCUGAAUGUGUUGGGAUGUUGUGUUUUAACACUCGACUUGGUUGUAUCACGAUGGAUAGUAACACCUCAGAGUUGAUGAAGCAUACUAAGACAUACCUGGAGGUGUUUGGGGAAUCCACGUACCGACUUCCUCUGUACACCGUAUUCCGCACACCAAUGUACAGAAGGUUUGAGCAAGCUGCAGAUUUUCUCUCUCGUGUAUGCGAAAACUAUAUAGAUGAAGCAUUGACAAAAGUACGAAAUACUCCACACUGCCGUGACACACAGAACGUGAUCGAGCCACAAAGUGACGCAGAGGACUCAAGUGACGCACAGGACUCAAGUGACGCACAGGACUCACAGCAAUUCUGUAACUACGAUAUCGAGGACAACCUGCUGUUUGACCUGUUAUCAACUUCCGGUAUGACUCCUGACAUGACCAAACGGAUUCUGAUAGACGUGUUUGUCGCCGGUAUCGAUUCCACCGCCAAUGCUAUGACUUUUCUGUUUUACUUCCUUGCCAAACACCAAGACAAACAAAUCAAUCUGUAUGAGGAGUUGUGUGAUGUGAUACCCGAGGAUGGGCAGUUGACCAUGGAGGUUAUCGACAGACUUACAUACCUAAAGGCGUGCGUGAAAGAGUCAUUACGACUGGUUUUCCCAAUCUGUGGCGGAACUGCCCGGACACUAGAUUCCGAUAUUGUUUUGAAGGGCUACAAUGUACCUAAAGGGACCACGUUGGUCCUAUGUAACGGGGUCAUCUGUCGGGAUGAGAAAUAUUUUCCACAACAGAACCAGUUCAUCCCGGAGCGCUGGAUUCGAGGGGUCGGAAGGACAGACGUAAACCCGUUUGCUCAUCUCCCCUUCGGAUUCGGACCACGCAAGUGCAUUGGUCAGAGAUUUGCCGAGCAGGAAAUGUACAUCUGUAUGGCUAAGAUAUUUAGAAUGUACCGGUUUGAGCUACCGCCCGGGAUAGAUGAUAUACCGUAUAGGUACUGUACAUUCGCCACGCCUCUGGAAAAGACCAAGUUCAUUUUGGAGAGACGGAAAACGACCACCCCUCCGGAAGCUCCUUAA